AUGGCUUCCUCCUCCCAGCAAGAACCUCCACCCCGAAGGCCGCUUGUCUGCGCGCCUGAGGGGUUUGCUAAUGUCACGAAUAUUGAUCGGAGGACGUGUAAGCGUGAGGUGCCGUUGAAGGUGAUUGGGUUGGGGCCUUCGAGGACGGGGACAUCGUCUUUAAGACAAGCUCUGCUCGAUUUGGGCUAUGCGGACUGCUACCACUACACGGCCCUCGUGCAGGAGAACCCUCGGGAUGCGGAGAUGUGGGUCGAGGCGUUCCAGGCCAAGUUUGAGGGCAAGGGGAGGCCUUUUACGAGGGAGGAUUGGGAUCAGUUGUUGGGACAUUGCAUGGCCAUCAUGGACACGCCGUGUACAGUCUUCUACAAGGAACUACUAGAAGCCUACCCCGAAGCCAAAGUCAUCGUCACGGUCCGAGACAGUCCCAAACAAUGGUGGGAGAGCCAGAUGCGGACAAUGAUGCCCUUCUUCGACCUCCUCGUGCUCCCACCCACGACCUGGUCCUUGUGGCUGUGGAGGAAAUUCCUCCCUCCCCCUACGGCUUUCGAUCAGAUGAACCAAUUGCUGCCGAAGUACUAUCCAGCCUACAAUAUCCUCUGCAAGGACUUGCGGGAUGGGACGCAGGAGGGGAUUAGGUGGUUUGAGGAGUACAUCGAGGAGAUUAAGCGACUCGUGCCCCCAGAAAACCUCCUCAUCAUGAACAUCAAAUCCGGCUGGAAACCCCUCUGCACGUUCCUGGGCCACGACGUCCCACCGUGGGAUUUCCCCGUGGCGAACACGAAUGAGCAGUUCGAGGCGAAUGUCGCGGGGCUGUAUGCGGGGAUCAAUCAGGCUGUGUGGUUCAAUGCGGCGAAGAGGCUGGCGCCGGUUGCGGUGGGGAUUGUAGCGGUUGUUGGGUUCUUUGCGGUUAGGGGGAGGGGGUUUGGGUUGGGGUUGUGA